AUGUUUAUUACAUUGGGAUUGAUUAUUUUGUUGGCUGUUGUAUUCUACCUGAAACAAUAUUGGUAUGUCCUAUUCAGUGAAAAACUACCACAUUUUCCGCAAAGUUUUCUCACUGGAAAUCUAUUACUCUUGAAAGCCAUGUCUCCAGCAGUAGCGUUGGCACGAGGAAGAGCGGUUUUGGGUGAUCUAUUUAGCUUUUAUGCAGGUCCUUUUCGAAUCGUUUGUCUCAAUCGUAUUGAACAUGUUGAACAAGUCUUUAAUCGGCGUCAUAUUUAUGAACGAGACACUUUCAGUACGUCUGUUAUGAAAAUAUUUUUACCAGAUUCUUUUCGUACAUUGACUGGAAAUGAAUGGAAAUUGCGAAAAAAAAUUCUAUCUCAAAUUUUUCGUGCACCUCCAAUGGCAACAUAUGUAUCAACUAUUGUAAAUGGAGCAGAUGAACUUAUCGAAUAUUGGCGGCAAGAAAAACAUGUUGCAGACGAUUCUGGCCGUUUGAAACCAGUAACGAAAAACGUUAUAUUUGACAUAUUUUUAAAAUUGCUAUUAGUUGAUCCAUCAAUACAUAAGGAAUCAUCCGCUGAAUUUCGCCAAGUAUUUUUCGAUUAUGAAACCAAUAUCAAGAAGGCUAUGAGAAUAGUUUUUCUUCCCUAUUGGCUAACAAAGUUAUAUUUAAAAUUGAACAAAAACUUUCAACGAACAGAAGCAGUUCUACAUUCAUAUAUGGACCGAUUUAUGAAUGAUGCAAAUAAAAGUCAAAACAAUCUCAUGACAGUAUUAUUAAGUGCAGAAGAGAACAAAUUGAUGUCGAAAAAGAGUGUAUACUUCGACUGUGUGGAUUUCUUAUCGACAGCAUAUGGACUCGGUGAACUGUCAAUUGCUUGGUUUUUUCACUAUGUUGCAAGCGCUGAACAGGUACAAAUAAAUAUCAAGAAAGAAUUAGCCAGCUUUGGAAUCACCCCUAAAUCUACACUAACGAUUGAAGCAAUAAAUCAGCUUGUCUAUCUUGACUGUGUAGUGAAAGAAAUACUGAGACAUUCAACGGCAAUUACAACUUAUACUGCUCGUGUAGCUCUUGAAGAUGAUUACCUUGGGAACGAGCAGGAGAAAGUACCUAUUCGAAAAGGUGAUACUGUACUUGUUUGCACGUAUAAUAUUCAUCAUGAUCCAAAUUAUUGGAAGUUUGAUCCAUAUGAAUUCAAGCCGGAGCGUUUUCUUAAUGAGGACAAGGAUCAUGAAGCGUAUGCUUAUACCCCAUUUGGAGGUGGUCAUCGUCUAUGCAUAGGGCAGAAAUUAGGCCAGUUGGAAUUCAAAUUAUUUGUCUUACGGUUGAUGCAGUUUGUCACUGUUCAUCGAGAAGAUUGCAAAGUAAAAUUAAAUCCAGAUCUUGGUCAAGAAGAGCUCGUAAACUUAACUGGUAUUUACGUAACAUUUGAUAAUGAAACGGCAUAA